CCCCUCGUCAGUGUACGGUCGACCAACAAAACGACACGCAUGUGUUUCGCUCCGUUCCGUCGGGACACUGUCGAUCUUUAGGCGAACUUCUGCGGAUAAACACCGACAACCGAAAUGUACGGGUUCGUGAACUACGCUUUGGAGCUGCUGGUACUGAAAACGUUCGGCGAAGAGACAUGGGAAAAAAUCAAGAAGGACGCAGAGGUGACGAUGGACGGCCAGUUUUUGGUCAGACAGAUUUACGACGACGAGAUCACGUACAAUCUAGUGUCGUCGGCCGCGCAAAUUCUCGAACUGCCGGCCAGCAGCAUACUAGAACUGUUCGGGAAGAUGUUUUUCGAGUUUUGUCAAGAUUCCGGUUACGAUAAAAUCCUACAGGUGCUCGGAGCCACACCCCGGGACUUUCUUCAAAAUUUGGACGCUUUACACGAUCACUUGGGCACACUGUAUCCGGGUAUGAGAGCCCCGUCCUUCCGGUGCACCGAAAGGACCGAGGACGGAGCGCUCGUUUUACAUUACUAUUCCGAUCGCCCCGGUUUGGAGUACAUAGUCAUUGGCAUUGUUAAGACCGUCGCUAGCAAACUUCACAACACCGAGGUAGAAGUGGAGAUAUUGCAAACCAAAGAAGAAUGCGAUCACGUGCAGUUUUUAAUAACCGAGAAAAACAACACGGGCCAACGUCAAAACGAUCAGACUGCAGAAGUUGAGACACUAUCGCAAGAACCGAAAAUUAGUCCGGCCACGUUUUGCCAUGUGUUCCCAUUCCAUUUGAUGUUCGACAGAGACUUGAACGUCCUUCAAACCGGUUGCACUAUCGCAAGAGUAAUACCCAUGGUACAAGGGCCAGAACCAUGCAAAUUAACACAGAUAUUAUACCCCGUAAGACCUCAUUUGGAAUUGACAUUCGACAACAUUCUAGCGCACAUCAACACUGUAUACGUUCUGAACACUAAACCGGGAAUCAUGGAUGAUGAUUCCAACGAUGGUUGUUCAAUAUCUUUGCGGCUAAAAGGCCAGAUGCUGUACGUACCGGAAACGGAUCUGAUGUUGUUUUUGUGCUACCCGAGCGUCGUGAACUUAGACGAUUUGAUCAAGCGUGGGCUGUAUAUAAGCGACAUACCAUUGCACGACGCCACCAGGGAUUUGGUAUUGAUGUCCGAGCAAUUCGAAGCUGAUUACAAACUGACCAGGGACUUGGAGUUCUUGACCGACAAACUUCAGCAGACAUAUAGAGAGCUGGAGAGCGAAAAACAAAAAACAGACAGACUGCUGUACUCCGUUUUGCCGAUCAGUGUGGCGACGGAGUUGAGACACAAACGGCCGGUUCCGCCGAAAAGGUUCGAGUGCGUGACGCUGCUGUUUUCCGGCAUAGUCGGCUUCAGCGACUAUUGUGCCGGUCACGCGGACUCGAAAGGCGCCAUGAAAAUCGUUCGGAUGCUCAACCAGCUCUACACGGCUUUCGACGUGCUCACCGACCCGAAGAAAAACAAAAACGUCUACAAGGUGGAGACCGUCGGCGACAAGUACAUGGCGGUCAGCGGACUGCCGGAACCAUGCGAGGAUCACGUACGGUGCAUUGCCCGGCUGGCGUUGGACAUGAUGGAUCUCAGUCACACGGUGGUCGUGGACGGCGUGCCCGUGCGCAUAACAAUAGGCAUACACAGCGGCGAGGUGGUCACCGGCGUGAUCGGUCAUCGGAUGCCUCGGUACUGUUUGUUCGGCAACACCGUGAACUUGACCAGCAGGACGGAGACCACGGGUAUACCGGGAAAGAUCAACGUCUCGGAAAAUGCGUACAAUGUGCUGAAUCAGAGCAACAACUGGGACCCGCAGUUCGAGUUGACCUACAGAGGACUGGUGCCAAUGAAGGGAAAACCGGAACCCAUGAAAGUUUGGAUUUUGACCAGGAAGCCGAUCUAGACGCGGUAUUACGCGAAACGCGGCGUGGAACACGAUAUCGUAUAUUACAUCGAAUAGUAAAUUUUCUUCUAAUCCCCCCGUCCCGUUUGGCUGUCGUAG